CAGGAAAACUCACCGGGGCAUAGAGCUGGAUUGGAGCCAUUCUUUGAUUUUAUUGUGUCCAUUAAUGGUUCUAGAUUGAAUAAAGACAACGACACCCUCAAGGACCUGUUGAAAGCAAAUGUUGAAAAACCUGUAAAAAUGCUAGUGUACAGCAGCAAAACUCUGGAACUGAGAGAAACAUCGGUGACCCCCAGCAACAUGUGGGGUGGACAGGGCCUGCUGGGUGUGAGCAUCCGUUUCUGCAGCUUUGAUGGGGCCAAUGAAAAUGUAUGGCAUGUUUUGGAAGUGGAACCAAAUUCUCCUGCUGCGUUAGCUGGACUUAGACCACAUAGUGACUAUAUUAUUGGAGCAGAUGCCAUCAUGAAUGAGUCUGAAGAUCUCUUUUCCCUUAUUGAAAGGCAUGAAGCAAAGCCAUUAAAACUUUAUGUAUAUAACACAGACACAGAUAAUUGUCGGGAAGUGGUGAUCACUCCAAACUCUGCCUGGGGUGGAGAAGGCAGCCUAGGAUGUGGCAUUGGUUAUGGAUAUUUGCAUAGGAUACCUACACGCCCAUUUGAAGAGGGAAAGAAAAUUUCUCUUUCGGGACAGUUGCCUAGUGCACCUCUCAGCCCACUCAAAGAUGGCUUCGCAGAGGUUCAGCUGUCAUCAGUUAAUCCCUCAGCCACAUUACCCCCUGGGUCAACUGGUCUGGAACAGAGCCUUUCAGGACUUUCCAUUAGUUCACCUUCAACUACUGUCAGUAAUGUUCUCAGUACAGGUGUUCCAACAGUUCCAUUAUUGCCGUCACAAGUCAGUCAAUCCCUUGCCUCUGUGCCACCAGUUAACCCAGCAACUACAUUACCAGGUCUGAUGCCACUGCCAGCAGGGCUUCCCAACCUGACUGACCUGUCCAAACUUAAUUUACCUGCACCACACAUUGUUCCAGAAAUCAUACAGACUGGUAUGCCAUCUCUUCCCUCCUUGCCACCUCUGAAUCUAAUGGGAAUAACACCUCUACCAAUGCCUCCCAAAUGUGUUCCUCUGCUUCCUUUGGUCACAGAGGCAUCUACACUGCCUACAGAUUUGCUUCCCUCCAUUACUCAAGCUGGAAGCUUUUCCACUGACCCUGGCACUACUGUAAAUGUAGAACAGACCUCUACCCUCACCUUGGAUAGUGCUACCCCAACUUCUAAGGCAAAUAUUGUUGACAGAUCAAGUGAAUCCUUUAGAGUUAAUGAGAAAACAUCUGGAGUCACAGAUACACAAGCUUCUGAAUCAUAACUCCAGAUCACUGUUGGAUUGGCUUGGUAUUUAUUUAGCCAUGGAAUACAUAUUUGAAGAGCAAGCUAUCAUUAAUUUCAUACUAGUUUGUACUUUAUCUUUAGGAGUCCUGUAAAUAAUACAGAGGUAUAACAAAAACAAAAGGGGGUUUAUAAUGUGUGUGUGGUGGGAGAGGAGGAAGAGUACUUGUACGUAACCAAAAAGAAAAAGUCAAAGUGGUAAAUAGAAUUCAACUGCCAAACUCUGAGGUAUAUAUUUUUAAUAUAGGCUGGCAGCCUUAGCCUAAUAGGCCUGUCCUUGCUUAUAAUUAGCAAUUUUUGCUUCUGAAUAGAAACAAAGGAGUUUCUGCGUGUGACAUUUACAUACCAUAGUUCUUGUUCUUUGCAAGUAUCUUGUUACUACAGUGGGGAUGAGAAUGUUCGGUCUGAGUUGUAUAUUUUAACACUGCAAAACUGAAGGUAUUUCUAUUAAAGUUGCUGAGUGACCUGUUAACUGGCAUCUUGUUCAGCUUGUACACAGAUCUUUAUUUUUAAGCUCUUGGGAGAUGCUCUCAAGCCAUGUUUUGUGACUGCUGCUGCAUUCUCUUAUACAUCCACUGUAAAAUGGCAUUUGGAAAGGAAUACAGGAAAUGUUAAAUGUAGCACACAAUUUGGCACUUUGUGACUACUGUAAGACAAAUUAAUGGAUUAAGCAUACGUAGAGCAAUAAAUUCCUGGUAUU